CACACUCUCAAACAGAUACAGUUUCACCACAUCGUCACUCGUUGCAACAUCACCACCACUCGCUCCAAUACACACAACUCCAACUUCAACUUCAAGAUGAAGAAGUUCUUGCUCAUCGCCCUCUCAGCCACCGGUGUUCUCGCCGUUCAAUACUCCCCCAGCUUUCCCCUCCUCGCUGUCCGUCAAGUCGUAGAGGUUCCCUGCGCCGACCAGAACCUCAAGGACUGCGGCACCGGCUGUAUCCAACUCGACUGGACAUGCUGCCCCAGCCGUGCAGGCGGAUGUCCUCCUACAGCUUACUGCGAAGUUGGAACGAACCAGCAGUACGGAUGCUGUCCUAACGGCAGUAUCUGCAAUGGCGAGGGCGGUGGUACUACUCGUGCCGAUACGACUACUAUUGUUCAGGGCGGAGGCGGCGCGGAGACCCAGUCUCCUAUCUUGGAGGGAUCAUCGACUGCUGUUAUUGUUCCUCCUCCCGUUGAUACUGCCACCAUUCCUCCUGUUGUUCCAAGCCCUGUUGCGCCGGUUCCUGUCCCUGGAACGCCUUAUCCUACACCCAGCACGGUUAUCGUCAAUGAAGGAUCGUCGAAGAAGCUCAGUUUGGUUGGCAUUUUGGCUGGUAUCGCUGCGCUCAUCUUUUGAGCGCAGCGACGUUUCCAUUGUCGCGAGAUUGGAAUAGACUGCUUGCUAGAUUGGAGUGAUGGCUUGAGAUGGAUGGACAUCGUUGGAGGACUGGACAAACAGUUUUGGUAGAUGAGCUUUGACACACUUGUGUCCAAUGGAAUGUAAUUACUUUCGAUCAAUUGAGAAAUAUUGAUGUACUGGCCGA